AUGUCGGCGGCUUCCCUCGCGCCGCCCGUCUCGCGGCGCGCGCUCGCGCCGUCGCGCGCGGCUUCGACGCGCGGACGAGGAACGGGAGCCGGCGCGCGGCGUCCGACGAGAUCGUCGUCGCACAUGCGCGCUUCCGAUAUCUAUCCUCCCUCCUCUCGGCGCGUCUCUCGUCUACUCCCACCAGCAUGCCGAGUCGGAUGGGCCCCCCCCCUCAACCUCCUCCGUCCUCGCGCGGCGUCGUCGUCCGAACCCGCGACGGCGUCCUCCUCCUCCGAAGGUCCGGAAGAAGAAGAAGAAGGCCCUGACCCGGACGACGACGCGUCGUGGACGCCCGCGCGAUGCGCGCUCGGCGAUCGCGCCGUCCCGCCCCCGCGAAACCCCGCCAUCGUGUCGUGGCGCGCGCACAUGGCCGAGCUCUUCGCGCUCCUCGACGCCCAUCUCGGGCCUCUGAUCCCGGUCGCGAUCGCGCCGGAGCUCGCGAGCGCGGUCGGGACCGCGGCGGGGGGGGGUGGGGCCGGGGGGGAUAGAGGGCCCGUCGUCGCGCGCGCGAGGACGUGGGUGUACGAGUGCGAGACGCUGCGGAAGAUUCGGUUCACGUACGUCGACGCCGGGGACGAGGCGCAGAUAUUCAACGCGGUGGCGUACCCGCGGUGCCACGCCGUCGGGAGCCUCACCCGAUCGGAUUCGUCGUCGUCCGAAUCGGAUUCGGGCGCCGACGAAUCGAGAGGCGACACGUCGGACGACGCGUCGGAAGCCGCGUCGUCGUCGUCGUCGUCAUCGUCGUCGUCGUCGUCGUCGUCGUCGUCGUCGUCGUCGUCGUCGUCGUCGUCGUCGUCGCGCGCGUCGCACCUCACCGACGCGCCGCUGCUCGGCGUCGACCUCUUGUGCCUCGCGGGGGGUAAGAAGAUCUUAGCCGGCGUGGAUUUGCAGCCGCUCUCGAAGGAGGACGCGUACGUCUCGCGGUUCACGCCGAAGCUCGUGAAACUGCGCGAGUCCUUCGCGGAUUUGAACCUGACGACGCCGUCGAAGAAAUUUUACGAGGGCGCGUUCUAUACACUGGGUCCCUCGCUUUCAAUCCCCGCCCUCGGCGCCUUUCAACUUCAACUGACGCCUUUCAACUCCACCCCGACGUUCGCUCGUAUGGAACGACCCUCAGACGCGUUAUUCUUCAGCGAGGGCAUGCUCUUCGCGCGGCCUGACGCGCGCGCGAUGGCGAACGCGAAGGCGCGCGACGCCGCGCGCGAUGCCGGCGCGGAGUUCCCCGUGGACGUCGACGACGUGUGCGCCGCGGACGUCGACGGCGGCGGCGGCGGCGACGCUCUCGACGCCGGCUGCGGCGUGGAUUUAUUGUCGAGAAGAACGGCGGAGGCGACUACCGCGUACGCGAGGGCUUUCCUGGAGAUUCUCGACGCGCGCGUGGGCGGGGAGGGCGCGAAUGCCUCGGGCGCUGAUUACUCGGGCGCCGACUCGGGUGCCAAUUCCGCGGGGAACUCCGCGUUAGUUACGUCCGAUCACCGAAACGCCGACCCCGGCGGCGCGCCGCUCCCGGAAGUCGCCGCGCUGCGUAAGGAAGUCGAGACGCUGCGAGCCACGGUGGCGGCGUUGCGCGCGGAGAUUGACAACGACGCGCGCGACGGCAAGAAGGACGCGUCCUCUUCCGUCUCGGACGCCGCGCUCGAGGAGGCGUCCAACUCGGCGCUCCGCGCGCGAUCCCGCGACGCUGCGUCGGAAGCGGCGAGCGUGCGAAGACCACUCCCGGUGUUGACCCCCGCGGGCGCGGCGGCGGCGCAGGACGCGCACGACGAGUGGCAACGCGAGAGGGACCCCGCGGUGGCUGUCUUCGCGAAGUGGUUCGGACGGGAGUGGGCCGAGCGCGUCGCGAGGGAGGCGCGUUCUAUCCCUUCACACUGGUUCCCAUACGACCGCGUUCGCGUGGUGAACGCCGAUCCUUAA